AUGGAAGCCGAAUUUCUCGGUGAAACGACAAGUAUUGAAAGUGUUGAUCCUUAUAUGGAUACAGCAUACCCAGCAGAGGAAACAGAACCUCCAGAGAGUUAUAAAGGGGGCGAUCAGAAUGCUUUAACGAGUUGGCUCCGAAGCGUAGCAGGUCAUCGCCUGCUGACGCGUGAAGAAGAAGUUGAGUUAGCGAAGCGCAUUGAAGCUGGUGAAACGGAGAAUGGUUAUAAUGCGGAUGCGGAACAAGCAAGAGAUCAGCUUGUACAAGCGAACUUACGGCUCGUCAUUUCAAUCGCUGUGAAAUACCAAGGACACAACGUCCCACUCGAAGAUCUGAUUCAAGAAGGAAAUAUUGGACUGAUUAAAGCAGCGGGUAAAUUUGAUUAUAGGAAGGGUUUUAAAUUCAGUACGUACGCGAUCUGGUGGAUUAAACAGGCAAUUAUGCGUACGCUUGAUAAUUUCUCUCGCUCCAUUCGACUACCUUCCUAUGUAGUUGCGAAGAUGAAUAAGUUUGACGCUGUCUACGCGGCAUUAUGCCAAGAACUGCAACGUGAACCUCGACGCGACGAAAUAGCGGAAGCUUUAGAUCUGUCGCUAAGGCAGGUUGAGGAAAUUUUAACGUUUAACGCUGAUGCGAUUUCAAUGGAUUUACAACUUAGCGAUGAACGCUCCGCCGCGACAUUAGGUGAUUUAAUCGAGGACCCCGCGACCAGCGGCGAAGAAGGUCCUAUUGCAGAAAUGAUUAACGAAGAUCUGAUCGCUCAAUUUCUUAAAAGACUACCGGACCGAGAACAGAAAGUGCUGAAGAUGCGUUUUGGACUCGAAGAUGGCGAACGUAAGACGCUCCGCGAAAUUGGCGUUGCCUUGGAAGUCACCCGAGAGCGGGUUCGACAAUUGGAGAUUGAGGCAAUUAAGCGAUUGCGCGUAUUAUAUGAGGAAAUGGGAGAAUUCCAGUCAGAUCAGUCUUGGGCAGGUAAGACUGCUGCAUAA